UUGCUAUCACUGUCAGCUCUCAAGCUCUACGUUAAAAGAAAGAAGAGCGAACCCAAAUAGAUGAGUUUUAUCUCCAUUUUCAUCCACACAAACUUCAACAAUGGCAUCUGCAUAACUUCCACCUCGUCUCAACUUCCAUCAAAUUCCUCAGCCAUGGCUUUCUUUCUUUCUCCUAUCCUCAUUCUUCCAUCCACAUUCGAAUUCUCUUUCAGAAACCCCCACGAAUGGCCCCUGUAGCCUCCAUGUUGAACGGAGCAGCUCUAGCGCCACCGCUCCGUCUUCAGCCAAGGCUGCAACAUCCACGCACCUUGCCGUUCACGGUGCCGAUGAGCGUGCGAAGGUCGAGUUUCGCUGCCCGCAAUGGCAGAGCCGCGACGGUGAGAUGCGAGGGAAUCGGAAUUGGCGACUUCAUCGGCGGAGAUUUGCUUAAAUUCGACCUAGGGCAAUGGCUAUCGGACGUCGAGGAACACAAAGCCCUAGCUAUUUACUCGCCGCACGAAGGCGGCUAUGAAGGCCGAUACCUAAAUCGCCUCCGUUACCAGGGCUACUACUUCCUCGAUCUAUCCGCUCGCGGCCUUGGAGAUCCUGAAACCACUCUCACCAAGAUUCACCCUGUUUGCCCUGCUCAUUUGGGGAAACAGCCGAUCGCACGGUGGUAUUUCCCGCCGGAAGUUGAUUACAGGCUCGCGGCUCUGCCUCCGAACGCGAAGGGACUCGUCGUGUGGAUAAUCGAGGCCAAGGUUCUGUCCAAGGCGGAGUUGCAGUUCCUUGCUUUGCUGCCGACUCUCCGGCCCAAUGUCCGAGUCAUCGCCGAGUGUGGGAAUUGGAGGAAGUUCAUGUGGAAGCCGCUCAAGGAGAUUGCAGGAGCUUGAAGACGCUUCUGAAUGACCAAUUCCUCCAUAAACCUGAAGAAUAUAGACUUUUUUUCUCUCUCUCAAGCAAUUAACUCAAAUUUGGUUAAAUAGUUCAGACCGUAGAUUCCACCACUCCAAAUUGAAAAGAAAGAAGAUUAUGAAGUUUUAUUAUCUAGUGUGAUAUUAUUUAGUGUAAAUUGCAAAUAAUAUUAUUAUACUUUCAUGCAAUUAUUACCUCAAAGAAUGACAUCCUCGGUGUCAACUGAUAA